UAGGAUAAGGGGGGAGGACGGGGAAGGAAGGGCUGAGAGCCGGUGUGAAGGAUCGCGGGGGCCAGGGCGGCGGGAGGCCGGGCUCAGGCUGGACGUGGAGCGAGAGAGGGUCGCCAACCUAGAGAGGGUCAGCUGCCGCAGAGAGGUGGCGGGGAGGGGAGGCGCAGUGGCGAGAAGACUAGGCUCUUGUGGCGGAGGGAAGGGUGGGGGCUGAGGAAGGACUCCCAGAGAGUCGGUAAGAAACUCCCCUUGGGAAGUCAGGGGAACUGCAGGUAGGGAGGGAGAAAGUGUGGAAAAUUGAAGGGAACUGCGGGCGGGGGGGGGCGGAUUUAAAGGGCCAGAAAAUGACAUAUACCUUUAAAGGGAACUUCAAGUAGGUGGAAAGCAAAAAGGAAAGAGGUAGGGAAAGCUGGACUCAAACGAAGCAUCUUUCUUCUUUCUGGCUUGUAUCCCUCCCGGAAUGUGAGCUGAAGAAGCUAAUUGAAAAAUAGGAGAGGCCUGAACCCCCCUCAUCGGGUCAAGUCCAUCUCCAUGACAACUUUCACGGAGCCUGAGGUAGUAUUCCUGCAGUCUCGUGGAAAUGAGGUCUGCAGGAAGAUCUGGCUGGGUCUUUUUGAUGCUCGGACAUCUUUAAUACCAGAUUCCAGGGAUCCCCAGAAGGUGAAGGAGUUUCUCCAGGAAAAAUAUGAAAAGAAAAGAUGGUACGUCCCUCCAGACCAAGUCAAGGGACUGGCUUAUACGAAAGGCAGUGCCUCCACCCCUGUCCAAGGCUCCAUGCCAGAAGGGAAGCCACAGAGGACACUUCUGGGGGACCCUGUGCCAUCUGUCCCAGAUGCUGCCACCUCUGCAAGCCAGGUACCUGUCAGAUCUGCCCUGCACAUGGAUGUGGGGAUCCAGUUUGUCAGCCAGUCUCAGGCUCGGACAGCUCAGGCCCGGAGCUCCCAGCCUCCUUCCCACUCCUCCGCCAAGAAAGCCAGCACUGACCUGCUGGCUGACAUUGGUGGAGACCCCUUUGCUGCUCCCCAGGCGACACCAUCUUUUGCUGCAUUCCCAGCCUUUGUGGGCCAGACACCUUCCUGUGGGGGCUUCGCCAAUUUUGACGCCUUCGGCAGCAGUCCCAGCUCUUCUGCUCUUGGAAGCCUCCCUCCUGCGGGCCAAGCCCCCUUCCAGGCCCAGCCAGUGCCCGCAGCCAGUCGGAUGCUAACUGGAAGUUACAGCUUUGGAAGCAGCCAAGUGACUCCAUUUGGUGCCGCUCCGCUUGCAGCUGCCAGUCAGCCCAGCAGCCUCACAGAUAUGGGCAGCCUCCUGGGACCUGGGGUGCCAACUGGAGGUGUCCCUGGCAGCAUCUUCGGGAUGACCGGCCAGGUCCCCGUGCUCCAGUCUGCCAUGCCUGGUGGUGGCAGCACAGGACUUGCCUUUGGAGCAGCUUUCACCAAUCCAUUCGCCACCCCUGUGGCCCAGCCCCAGCUGCCUUCCACCAACCCGUUCCAGCCCAAUGGCCUGGCCCCCGGGCCUGGUUUUGGGAUGAGCAGCGCCGGGCCUGGCUUCACCCAGCCAGUGCCACCCUCUGGGGUCUUUGCCAGCACCUUCCCCUCCCCGCUGUUCCCACCGCAGACCUCACUGACUCCGCAGCAGAAUGGCUCUUCCUUUGGGGACUUGGGAUCCACCAGGCUGGUGCAAAGGCCACUCAGCCAGCCAUCUGGGAUCUCUACCAACCCCUUCAUGACUGGAUCCUCACCAAGCCCAUUUGCCUCCAAAUCUUCAACUACCAACCCGUUUUUGUAGCACUGUGUCCUGGGGGGACCUCUUCCCCAUUUUCUGGGACUCCAGAAUGCCUUGGGCAUUUCUGUGGGUCUGAGACCAGAAUGAGCCUGGUUG